UCUGGAUGUGUCAGACUGUUCUAGAAGGCAAAGCACAGGUGCUAUAUCUGGCCCCAGCAGCCCCCCAGCAGGCCGCUCACAUAUCAAACCAGCAGGAGAAGCUACUGAACUGACGCUUUCAAGCCUUAAAAUGACGGAAACUCAGAGAAUAACUAUUGUGAAGAUGGGUGCUCUCUGAAGAGUGACAACACGACGUAUAUGAAGGGAAGCUCAAAGGCCUGUUUGGAUUAGGGUUAAGUUAAAGACAGCCCUAUGUGGUGUUCUUAUCUGUUGUGUCAGUGUCCCGCAGAAGACCAAACCCAUGGCCUUCCGGUCACAGAAGGAGAUGUUUGAGAAGAUGGAGGAGUCCUUCAAAAUCUGUGCAUUUUGUGAGAAACGGCAAAAUGAACUUUCACACACAGAGAGUCUGAAGCGUUGUGCCAGAUGCCUACAUGUUUACUACUGCUGCAAAGAAUGUCAGAGGGAGGACUGGCCCAAACACAAGAAGUUCUGCUCCGUUCUGCGUCUAGCCUCUAUCGACAGAGUGGUUGAAUGGUUGGUGUUCAAAGGAGAAAUUCCAUUCACCACAGAGAAGUGGUCAAAGCCCCAGUCAGAGGUUAAGUGUUGGGAUGACUGGCUUUCCAUGCAGGGAGAUCUCCCGUCACGCCUCGAUCCUAUCAUAAACGGAGCCAACAUGAAGGACUUGUGGACCGACGCAGGCAGGCCUCGGCCUAGCGACGAAGAUCUAAAGCAGUCUCUGUGGAGGGUCUGCAGUGAGUUCUUCUGCAGGCCUCUUACGAUAGCCUGGGGAAUGAGGCAGUUUGGUCUGAACCCAUGCUCCAAACCUCUCACCAUUCACCUGGUGGGAGUAGGACGCAACGAGACAAUAGCUGCUAAAGUAACGGACUACGAUGAGCUGAGCUGCAUGUUCCCAGGACACCAGGGCAUAGAGGUAGUGAUGGUGGGACCAGAGGUGGUGAAUGGCCCCAUCAUGAGGCCUCCUCUCAAAGCCUUUGGACCCAGACAGAGGGUCUACAUCAGUGCCUAUAAAGGCCUCUACCACCAGUUUUGGGAGGAGCUGGUGGAAAAAGAGGAGGCAGCAAAGCCAGACCUAGUUGUUGGGUUUCAUCCAGGCUUUGAUGCCAGUCAGGGUCUGGAUGAUGGCUGGCUUCCAACACUUCUGCUCCUCAGGGAUUACGAGAUUCCCUCUCUUUUCACCACUCUGAAUGAGUCAGAGAUGACCUACUCCCUCCAGAUCCUGACGGAGCUGGAGAUGGACAUGAAGGGAAGUGGAGCCAACCCGUUUACGUCGCUGAAACCUGAAGUGGUGGACCCGUCUCCCAACAAGCCACCUGUCUAUUGCAACUCACAUUACUUCUGCUUCCAGGGUUUGCUGGAGAACGUGGAGUUGGAUGAGCCUGAGGAGUCCUGAGGCUUUCGCUACAUUUGUAACAACCUAAUCAUGACCAAUCGUUUGAAAUAGUUUUUAUACGUGCAUCACUGAAGAGAUGACCCUCUUUUUUGUUUUAGGAGCUACAGGUGUGAGUUUGUGACAUUUGCAUUUCUAUCUCCGUCCUGUGACAUGUCAGUAAAGGUUGUAACAUUUGAA